AUGCAACUCACCACCCUCCUCACCCUCGCCACCGCGGCCGUCCCGGCCCUCAGCGCCGUCCUCCCCACCAGGGCCACCACCGUCGGCUCCGCCAUCGUCAACAACAAGUGCACCUUCCCCGUGACCCUCUGGUCCGUGGGCUCCUCCGUCUCGUCGCCCGUCACCCUCGCCGCGGGCAGCGGCUCCUACGCCGAGGCGUUCGUCAAGGACCCCGUAACGGGCGGCAAAGCUUUGAAGAUCACCACCACGGCCGACGGCCUGUACACGGGCGCUCCGGAGCUGAUCUUUGCGUAUUCGCUUGACGGGGACAACAUCUGGUAUGACUUGUCGAGUGUCUUUGGGGACGCGUUUGCGGGACAUAAGGUCGUGUUGCAGGGUAAGGGGACCGGAAGCUGUGGGGCUAUUGAGUGGGCGAAUGGGACGCAGAUGGCGGGAAGUCAGACCAAGGUUUGUGGGAGUGCGGGGGCUGUGGUGUUGGAUUUGUGUGCUGCUUAG